AUGGACAAGAUCUCAAUCACCAUCUGCGGAGAUGGUGGAUGCGAGGAUUCCUACACCGUCACCCGCAAUGUUGAUGGUCACCCCUACGUCCUUUCUAUCACCAACACUGCAGGCCAGGAGGAGUACCGUGGACUAUGGAGUAUCUCGACCCUGAAUUCGGAUGCCUUCCUCCUUGUUUAUGAUAUCACCAACCCCUCGAGUGUUGAACCGCUAGAUUAUUUUAUGGAUAUGAUUCAUAUGGGGACAGACCAACGCGUUGAGAGCGACCAGCAACUCCGGGAGUUGGGAAAGAAAUCUGGAGAUGUAGGCCAUAUUUUCGUACCACCGCCAAUCAAAAUCGUCACGGGCAACAAAUGCGAUCUCAAUGAUGAUCGUGUGGUGACAUCUCGUGACAGACUCGAGUAUGCGCGCAAGCACGGUUGCGGGUUUAUGGAGACCAGCGCUCACGAGACAUCCGUCGCAUUGUUGAAGCCCGACUCUAAAGCAAACACGGUGCGCUUCCUUUCCAAUGCCCCAAUGCCCCGAUGCGCCGAGGAAUCGGCGCAUACUACCCUACCAACCACUGUAGACGCAAGAUCUGACCCCGUCGAAGUCGCGCGUGGGUGUUUAUCAAACACCGGAAGACAACGGAACCAAACGGCAAACAGGGUCAGGAACAGAGUGAAAUCCAAAACAGAACCAAAAAAAAAAAAAAACAAAACAAAACAAAACACAAGGAACCCCGUGAAAAGUGCUGUCGAGAUUGCUGACUCUGUCAACUCUAGUGCUUUUACUCUUCUUGUUGAUAGAUCAUAA